AUGAAGAAACCUCUAGUUAUAACUAUUUUUACGAUUAUGCUUGUCUGUGGUGUGUGUAUGACUUGUGAGGAGAAGACUAGUUAUAUUGUUCAUAUGGCUAAAUCUCAAAUGCCAUCCAUCUUCACACAUGACUCAUAUUGGUAUGAGUCAACUCUUAAGUCAGUCUCUCCUUCAGCCCAAAUUCUCUACCACUAUAACAAAGCAAUUCAUGGGUUUUCCACCAGUUUAACCGCUAGAGAAAUGCAGCUGUUGUCAAACCAAUUUGGAAUUUUAAGAGUUUUACCGGAUAAAAAGUAUCAACUUUUUACAACUAGGACUCCAGAGUUUCUUGGCGUUGAUAGAAUUCCUUCCAUGUUCCCUGCAUCAUCUACAAACAUGGGGAACAUAAUUGUUGGUGUUAUAGACACUGGCGUUUGGCCUGAAAGCAAGAGUUUUGAUGAUAUUGGAUACGGGCCCAUUCCCAGCACAUGGAAAGGAAAAUGUGAAAUAGGUACAAAUUUCACAUUCUCAAACUGCAACAAGAAAUUGAUAGGUGCCCGGUUCUAUCUUAAGGGCUUUGAGGCAUACGAGGGUCGUCCGAUCAAUGAAACCAAGGAUACUAGGUCUCCCCGAGACAAUUAUGGACAUGGAACCCACACAGCUAGCACGGCUGUAGGGUCUCCAGUGAGAAAUGCAAGUCUUUUCGGCUACGCUAAUGGUACAGCUCGUGGGAUGGCCCCGGGGGCCAGAGUUGCUAUAUACAAGGUUGGCUGGGAACGUGGUACUAUGAUGGACUCUGAUUUUAUCGCCGCAAUUGAUCAAGCUAUUGCUGACAACGUCAAUGUCCUUUCAUUGUCGAUCGGAGAUAGAGCACUUGAUUAUUAUGAGGACAGCCUUGCAAUUGGAGCAUUUGCAGCAAUGGAGCAUGGGAUUAUGGUAUCUUGUGCCGGAGGAAACUUUGGUCCCUAUUCUUCACGUAUCACCAAUGUAGCACCUUGGAUUACCACAGUGGGAGCUGGCACAAUCGACCGAGAUUUCCCUGCAUAUGUCACUCUCGGAAACAAUCAAAGUUAUACCGGAGUGUCCCUUUACAAUGGAAGUUCUUUACCCGAUACUCCAAUAUCGUUUAUAUAUGGCGGGAAUGCAAGCAAUCCCGAUUAUGCCGGAGAAGGGAUAGCCAGUGAGUGUGAUCCGGGUAGCUUGGCCAAAGAAAAAGUAACUGGAAAGAUCGUGAUGUGUGAUUUUGGGUUUGGAUUUGGAUUUGUUACCCCGCUGGAAAAAGGAAAAGUAGUCAAAUCAGUUGGUGGUUUGGGCAUGGUGUUAGCCAACUCUGUUGACUAUGGAGAGGAGUUGAUGGCAGAUCCCCAUGUUUUGCCAACAAUAGUUGUCAAGUUCAAAGAUGGUGAAGCCAUAAAAAAAUAUUUGUUUUCUUCAGAUCCUAACAAAUCAAUGGCUAAAAUUGUUUUUGAAAGAACAAAGUUUGGGGUUGAGGUGUCUCCCGUUGUUGCAAGCUUUAGCGGACGAGGCCCCAAUUCAAUAACCCCUCAAAUAUUAAAGCCCGAUUUCAUUGCUCCAGGUGUUAACAUCUUAGCAGCAUUUACUAGAAAUGAUAGUCCCGCUAAUGACGCUUGGGAUUCUAGGCGGGUGGAUUUUAACAUUGAGUCAGGCACGUCCAUGGCAUGCCCUCAUGUAAGCGGGAUAGCAGCUUUAAUCAUGUCGAUUCAUCCAGAUUGGAGCCCAGCUUCCAUUCGAUCUGCACUAAUGACGACUGCUUAUCCGGUUUACAAGAAUGGAAAAACAUUGUUGGAUGGCUUUAACAAAAAGCAUGCGACACCCUUUGACUUUGGGGCUGGACACGUCGAUCCUGUUCUUGCACUACGUCCCGGACUUGUCUAUGAUCUGACAGUUGAUGAUUACUUGAGCUUCCUCUGUGCAUUGAACUACUCAGCUGCAGAUAUUGAAAUCGUGGUGAAAAGAAAGUAUAAAUGUCACGCAAAGAAGCAGUACAGUAUAACAAACCUCAAUUACCCUUCGUUUGCUGUGGUCUUUGAAGAAACCAUGGAGGUUAAACACAGGCGUACUCUCACAAAUGUGGGUGCGGCGGGAACUUACAAAGUAUCGUUUAAAUCAAACAUGUCUUUGGUGAAUAUCACAGUUGAACCACAAGUGCUAAGGUUCAAAAAGGAUGAGAAAAAGUCGUAUGUUGUUACAUUCACAAGUACUAGAACAAGUUCAGAAAGAGAUAGUUUUGGAAGCUUAGAAUGGUCAAAUGAAAAUACUAUUGUGAGAAGUCCGAUAACAUUCAGUUGGAAAAAGCCUAAAAAAGCUUGA